UGAAUGCUUGAAAUAAUCGGAAAUCCGCAUUUGUGAUCCUAUCCUCCCAGUGGUUCGAAAAUAACAUAAUAUCUGAAAUGUUAGAGAGCAACUCUCGGACACUCUCUGACACAUCUCUCGGAAACAUAAACAGAGUGUUUUUUCCAUCUCUCGACAGACGCUUCAACCCGGUGCAGUUCUACCGUGCUUUUGCGAUGGAUUGGAGUAACGAAAUGACCCGAAAGUUGAUAGAUGAAUAUGAGAAGCAGCCAUCUCUGUGGGACGUGUUUUGCCCGGAAUUUAAGGACCGGGAACACAAAAAUAACGCCUGGAAGGAAAUGGCUGAGAGUGCUGGUGUCGAUGUGCCAGAAGUCCAGAGAAAAAUACACAAUCUCCGCAACCAGUGGAACGCGGAACACCGGAAGAUGAUGGAAAGGAAGUUUAGUUCAGGAUCAGAGGGGCCCAAGUCCAAGUGGCCCUACUACGAUUCUUUAUCUUUCAUAAAAAUGUCACUAGAAGCAAAGAGGGGAAGAUCUAACUAUAAUGAGAAAGAAGAAUUAACUCGUCGUGACUCAUUAGAGUGCCACGGCACCAUGUCCUUCGGUGGCCCUCACAGAUCAUCCCGUAAAAGAAAAGUUUUAGACGAAGACUACAUGGCCACAGCCGUAGAGUUCUUCCAGAAACCGACGGUCAAAAAUGAAAGCAGAGAUGAAUUCUCGAUUUUUGCUGACCAUGUUGCAAGUGAACUGCGCCAGCUAGAAGACCGACACGUUCUAGCUAUUGCUAAACACAAAAUCAACACUGUACUGUUCGAAGCCUCAACUGGAGUCUACGAUCACAUGUCCCCUGUCCAGCCUCACCAGGAACUCUGCGAAACAACUACUUGGAGUCAUCAGAUCUCGCCUGAUCUGGGCCAUUCUCCCCAGUCUAACAUCAGCUCCGUCUCUUCACCUGAAUCUAAACAGACAUUGAAUACAUAGAACCGGUUAAGUGUGCGGAAGAGUUUAAAAGACCAAUAUUGGCUCCUAUGUGCAUUGACCUCAUAGCGUAUACGGAUAUAUAUAAAAACGUUUUUAAGAUAUUUCGGAAUUAUACAAAAAAACAUACUUCCAUUCAAAAUUAUAGACGUUUGGUAAACUAUCAGUUGUUGAACAAGUGAAAAAAGAAAAUAUAUAUUCUACUUCCCGUGCGAGUGUUAUAAAAUACACACACUCACUCAACCAAAAACCCACCCACCCAGCCACCCAUCCACUCCUCACUCACUCACUCACUCACUCAC